GUUAUUCUUUUUGUUACAACCACAAAUAUGUAUUAGGGAAUAUUACCGUAUUCUGGAUGUUUUACGGUAACGGGAGGAGUUGAACUCAAACCGGGAAGUUCGUGCACACAUGUGGACGAAUGUGUGUGUGUGUGUGUGUGUGUGUUUAACACAUGUUACAGCUAAACAAGCGUCAUGUCAUCAAAGAAAAACAAGGCGAAGAGGAGAGUGAGUGAAGGAGAAAAAUCCGCUUUACUGUGCGAUGAAGCGGGUUCAUGUGCAGCGAGCGGCGGUUUCACGGUCUCUGACUUCAUAUCGAGAGCUGAUGAUCAGACCCCACAGCGAUGCCGUUCAUAUCUGGCUCAGAUGAGUGUGAACACUAUGAAGGGUGUGAAUGUCUGUAUUGGGCAGCCGGUUGUGAUCACCAGCAGCACUGGGCGUCAGGAGGUGUGUGUGGCGUGGCCCACGUGUCAGUUUCCCGCCAGGCGAGUGGGUCUUCAGUCCAGCGUUCAGUUAAAUCUGAGAGUCAAACCUGGAGGUCAUGUGACGCUGGAGCCCAUCACUGGAGCUCUUCUGCCGGCCGAGCACAUCCGUCUGUCCCUCACACCAGAGGACAAAGUGAUUAAUACAGAAGACUUCAGGAAGUAUCUUCUUCACAUGCUGGACAGUCGGGUUCUUCUCCCGGGGAACAGUUUGUCUGUGUGGUACUUUGGGCGUGGUUGUGUGAUUAGGGUGGAGUCAGUUCAGGGUGUAGAUGGAGUGACAUUAGAAUCUGUCAGCAGCAUUCACCAGACCUCCGUGUCAGACAGAAGCUCUCUGGAUCUGUCAUCGCAGCUAGAGCAGCUGUCAAUCAACCAGAACCAGUCUCAACCAUCAGCCAGUACACCCAACAGACAGCACAACUCUUCACCUCUGACCCCUCUGUCCCCCGGCACGCCCUGUGAACUCAUCCAGCCGUGUCCACCCGAGUCGUCGUUCAGUCCCGACACCCCGGAUCAGUCUGCAGCGUUGAGUCUGUCUCCAUCUGCCGGUCGCUCCGGGAGUGACACCUUUUACACCGUCUGCAGCUCCACCAAACUGAGCGUCUCUGACUCCUGCGGCCCAGACGAGAGCUCGGAGGAGCAGGAGAGGUCAAAGGUCACUUACAGUAUGAUUGGCGGGCUGAGCAAUCAACUAGAGUUGAUCAGAGAGACCAUCCAACUGCCUCUUAAACACCCGGAACUUUUCAAAAGCUACGGAAUCCCACCCCCUAGAGGAGUGCUUCUGUAUGGCCCACCCGGCACAGGAAAGACCAUGAUUGGACGCGCGGUAGCCAAUGAAAUGGGAGCACACAUGACUGUGAUCAACGGCCCUGAGAUCAUGAGCAAGUUUUAUGGGGAAUCAGAAGCCAGACUGAGGCAGAUAUUCACUGAAGCAUCACAGAGGCAGCCGGCGAUCAUCUUCAUCGAUGAGUUAGACGCUCUGUGUCCGAAGAGAGAAGGUGCUCAGAAUGAAGUGGAGAAACGUCUGGUGGCCACACUGCUCACACUGAUGGACGGCAUCGGCUCUGAGGGUCACAGCGGUCAGCUGCUGGUGUUGGGGGCGACCAACCGUCCUCAAGCGCUGGAUCCUGCCCUGCGACGGCCCGGACGCUUCGAUAAGGAGCUGGAGAUCGGUGUUCCUGACGCGGCCGGCCGGAAGGAGAUCUUACAGAAGCAGCUGAGCUCUAUGCCCUGUGACAUCUCCAGCGGUGAGCUACAGGAACUCGCCGACGCCGCACACGGAUAUGUUGGAGCGGAUCUGGCUGCCGUCUGCAAAGAAGCCGGUCUACAUGCACUAAGGAGGGCUUUAGGAUCCACACCUGGUCUCUGUGAUGUCCAGGUGAUAAACAGAGUAAAGGUCACGACCUUUGACCUCAGGCUGGCUAUGACACAAGUCAAACCGAGUGCAAUGAGAGAGGUCUCCAUCGAUGUGCCAAAGGUUCAGUGGAGUGAUAUUGGUGGGAUGGAGGAAGUGAAAUUGAAACUGAAGCAGGCUGUUGAGUGGCCGCUGAAGCACCCUGAUGCUUUCUCCAGGUUGGGUAUAGCGCCCCCUAAAGGUGUUCUGCUGUAUGGACCACCCGGCUGCUCUAAAACCAUGAUCGCUAAAGCUUUAGCCAGUGAGAGCCAGCUCAAUUUCCUCUCUGUCAAGGGUCCAGAGUUACUGAGUAAAUAUGUUGGUGAAUCGGAGCGAUCCGUCAGAGAGGUUUUCAGGAAGGCCAGAGCGGUCGCUCCAUCUAUCAUUUUCUUUGAUGAGAUUGAUGCGUUAGCUGUGUCAAGAGGAAGGGAGGUCACAGGAUUGAGUCUGAACACAUGAGCAACUGGAUGUAUAUCAGGGGUACUCAAACUUUUCAGCCUGCGACCCCCAAAAUAACAUUAUCAGUGACCUGAGACCCCCACUAUCCUCACAGGUGGUUGAAGUAUACAAACGUUGCGCGCACAUGCACUUAUAAGUAUUACUUAUAAUCAACUUUUACUACAGAUGGUCAAAUCUCCUCAAACUGAUUGGAGCGCUGAUAAAUGAGCCUCUUUAUGCAAACACCUGCGUCUUUUGGUAUCUGGGGACGAGAUGCUUUCUGUCUGCGGCGCUUCUGCGUCCUCCUCCGCUGGCCUCCCUGUGUUGUCUUUGGUGGAUAUUCAUCAACGUUUCAUUUCAACAAAUAAGAACAUCCCAAACUUAAAGCCUGAAAUAUAAUCAGCGUGCACACGGGACUGUUUAACAUGGUGCUGUAAUGAACAUGCUGCACCUGAUCUGAUGCGGAUGUGGUGUCGUUAAUGUGACAUGAUCACCUCGGGGUCACGAUCAAGGGGCUGAUGCCUUCAUAUUUGCAUGUUUGUUUAUUUUUAACUUAAAUAAUAUUUGUAUGUUUUGUUACACUUACUCAUUAAAUACACUAUUGUUAAAAAUCAAAAAAAAGAUUUCUCGAAAUCAUAUUGUGACCCCCUGUGUGUGUGUGUUUGUGUGUGUGCAGUGCUUAUUUAAUAAAGUAAAUACCUGACGGCAGUUAAAUCUGUGUGAGUUUGUUCUGCUGAGUCAGAUUCAUUUACUGGAUUAAAUUCUCAAUGAUUUAGAGCCCAUUCAAUCACAAGAGUCUCUCUCUCUCUCUCUCUCUCUCUCUCUCU